CCAGCCCAACCUUUUUUGUAAGGACCUCCCUCUCCCUCUAGCAUUCUUUUUUUGUGCUCAACUACUCCUCUAGCAUCUUUCACUCCCCAAGUAUCAAUUGAUUUGUGUCCACUAAAUUAGGAACUCAAUCUCCCAACAAAAGUUUUGGCCUCACCACUUAUGGAAGAAUUAAUAAUCUCCCCCUCUUCAUCCUCGUCCCUAGUCUCCUUGCCUCAAGAAAACCAUCCAUCCCUCCAACAAAGGCUCCAAUUCAUUCUUCAAUCCCAGCCAGACUGGUGGUCAUACGCCAUCUUCUGGCAAACCUCGAACGACCGCCAGGUGGACAAUGGUUGUCUCUUCCUGACCUGGGGAGACGGCCAUUUCCAAGGCCCCAAAGACGCAUCACCCAACAACCACCACCACAACCCCUACGGAGUUCUGUCCGAAAGAAGGAAGAUCCUCAAGGGCAUCCAGUCCCUCAUCAACGACACCAACAAUCCAGAUAACCAUCAUCAAGACUUGAUCCUCGACAACAUGGGUUUAAACGCCGACGUCACCGACGUGGAAUGGUUCUACGUCACGUCGUUGGCUCGAUCCUUCUCCGUCGGUGAAAGCAUUAGUACUAAUGUUCCCGGCAAAGCUUUUAGCUCUGGAUCUUUGGUGUGGCUGACUGGAAGCCAUGAGCUUCAAUUCUACAACUGCGAAAGAGCAAAAGAAGCACAAAUGCAUGGGAUUCAAACCCUAGUCUGCAUCCCAACCCCCACCGGAGUUCUCGAGCUGGGCUCUUCAGAUUUGAUCCGAGAAAAUGGGAACCUGGUUCAGCAAACCGAAUCCUUAUUCGGCGCGGAUGUCGUUUGGGGCCAACCUGACCCUGGAACCAGAUCCCCCAUCGAUUUAAUCAACCGAAACUUCUCCUUCGCCGACAUUGGCAUCAUCGCCGGCGUAGAGGAAGAAGACGACAAAAAGGAAGUUGCCUUGGACAUAACGGCGAUGAAGAAGAAGUGCGGAAGAGCAUGUCCGGGUCUGCUCCAGUUGUCGAAUUUGAAUAGCCUUAACCCGGAACAUUCGGAUUCGGAGUUUCCGAAACGGACGCCGAAAAAGCGAGGGCGAAAACCGGGGCUGGGGAGAGACACACCGUUGAACCAUGUCGAAGCGGAGAGGCAGCGGCGGGAGAAGCUCAACCACCGGUUCUACGCCCUGCGAGCGGUGGUGCCGAACGUGUCGAGAAUGGACAAGGCGUCGCUGCUGUCCGAUGCCGUUUCUUACAUCAACGAGCUGAAAAGCAAGGUGGACGAGCUGGAGUCGCAGGUGCAGAGAGAGUCCAAGAAAGUGAAAGUCGAGACCGGCGACAACUUGGACAAUCAGAGCACCACGACGUCGGUGGAGCAAACGCGGCCGCCCAACUCGUCGGCGAGUGGGUCUACGGGGCUCGAGAUGGAGGUGAAGAUAGUAGGUUCGGACGCCAUGAUUAGGGUUCAGUCCGCGAAUGUGAACUACCCAUCAGCUAGGUUAAUGGCGGCGCUGCGUGACUUGGAGUUUGAGAUCCACCAUGCGAGCUUGUCGUGCAUGAACGAGCUCAUGCUGCAAGAUGUUGUGGUGAAGGUGCCUGACAACAUGAGAAGUGAAGAGAGUAUCAAAGCUGCUCUUCUUAAAAUAUUAGAUCAGAACUGAAGUUUGAUCAACCGAUUUGAUCAGUGGUUUUAGGACAAAGACAGUGGAACAAUCUAUAUAAUUUGGGUGAAGCAAGGACUCCAUGUGUGGGAAGGACAGAUAUUUAUGCACGUUUCUAAAGAGAGUGAGUGGACUGACUACUUGGGUCCUUGGUGAGGUGAAGAGGCAAGUGAAAAAGGAAAUGGGGUUCCGUUUUUCUGCACCUGUGAAUAACUUGGCCAAAAGUAAACCACUCGUGCCGUUUAUUUUGUGGACGAAAUGGAAUAUCCAAUCUGGAAUC